GCCUCGGCUCCCUCCUUCCUGGGCUCACAACUGCAGCAGCCGGACCCGAGGAGGUGAAGACUCAGUUCCAGGGCCCAGCAAGGGCAGGAGGGACAGACCAGCCUCCCUGCCCCCCGCCUCUCUCAACAAGCCCCUAAGAAUUUUUCCUCUUUUGUCCUGCACUCAGCAUUGCAAUGAAGCGGACGCACCUGUUUGUGGUGGGGGUCUGCCUGCUGUCCUCCUGCCGGGCGGAGGAGGGGCUGAACUUCCCCACGUACGACGGCAAGGACCGUGUGGUGAGUCUCACGGACAAGAACCUCAAGCAGGUCCUGAAGAGGUACGACCUGCUGUGCCUCUACUACCACGAGCCCGUGUCUUCCGACAAGGUCGCUCAGAAGCAGUUCCAGCUGAAGGAGAUCGUGCUGGAGCUUGUGGCCCAAGUCCUGGAACAUAAAGAUAUAGGCUUUGUGAUGGUCGAUGCCAAGAAAGAAGCCAAGCUUGCCAAGAAACUGGGUUUCCAUGAAGAAGGAAGCCUGUACAUUCUUAAGGGCGAUCGCACAAUUGAGUUUGAUGGCGAGUUUGCAGCUGAUGUCCUGGUGGAGUUUCUCUUGGACCUAAUUGAAGAUCCAGUGGAGGUCAUCGGCAGCAAACUGGAAGUCCAAGCCUUUGAACGCAUUGAGGACCACAUCAAACUCAUUGGUUUUUUCAAGAGCGAAGACUCAGAAUAUUACAAGGCUUUUGAAGAGGCAGCUGAGCAUUUCCAGCCUUACAUCAAGUUUUUCGCGACCUUCGACAAAGGGGUUGCGAAGAAGUUGUCCUUGAAGAUGAAUGAGGUUGACUUCUACGAGCCAUUUAUGGACGAGCCCAUUGCCAUCCCUGACAAACCUUACACAGAAGAAGAGCUUGUGGAGUUUAUAAAGGAGCACCAGAGACCCACCCUCCGCCGCCUGCGCCCAGAAGAUAUGUUUGAAACAUGGGAAGACGACUUGAACGGGAUCCACAUAGUGGCCUUUGCAGAGAGGAGUGACCCAGAUGGCUACGAGUUCCUGGAGACCCUGAAACAGGUGGCCCGGGACAACACCGACAACCCGGACCUGAGCAUCAUCUGGAUCGACCCGGACGACUUCCCUCUGCUCAUUGCCUAUUGGGAAAAGACUUUCAAGAUCGACCUAUUCAAGCCGCAGAUUGGGGUGGUGAACGUGACAGAUGCCGACAGCGUCUGGAUGGAGAUUCCGGAUGACGACGACCUGCCCACGGCCGGGGACCUGGAGGACUGGAUUGAGGACGUGCUUUCUGGAAAGAUAAACACCGAGGAAGACGACAAGGAAGAUGAUGAUGAUGAUGACGAUGAUGAUGGUGACAGUGAGAAUUCUGAUGAGGAGGAGAAUGAUGACAGUGACGAUGAUGAUGACUAGCUCCGGCUCCACCUGGUUUUGAUGAAAACGGAAUCCCGGCUCCCCCCUUCCACACGGACAGCACCAGGUGGCAGCCAGCAGCCCCGGCCACGCCCAGCCGCUCCUCCCCCUCUCCCAGCAUCUCUUCCCACCCCUUCCCAUCAGGAGCUGUACCAGUCAGCACAUGCACAUGCCUUUCUAAAUCCAGUCGCCCCGCUCGGCAAGGUCAGGGGGGAACCGUUCCCCUCUGGAUGGUCCUGACCGUCACGGGAAAGCUCUGCUCUCUGACCGCCAUCCGUGGCCAUGGCAGCGCUGGACUCUGGCAGUCCAGGGAGAGCCCUCCCCUCACACCGCUACUCAAGUUUACUUGUCUCCUCUGACUCCGACAGGGACAGAAUGGACAGCUUGCUAACUCGCCAACACGCAGUGGCCGUAUUAUCAUCAGAGCCGAGGGAAGACACACAAUUAAUCCUGUAGCCGGUGCCUGGCACAUCGGUGAGACCCUCGUAGGGGAGGCUCAGCCUUGGAGACAGGCUUAUGAGGCAGCUUCUCUUGGCUCUAUGAAGCUUAUUCUUCAAGUGAAGGUCAGACCAUGAUGAGCGCAGAUCCGAGCCUUUGGAUGGCUAUCGAGAGGCCUUGUACCAGCGCAUGUGGAUGGAUGUCACCAUCACUUCCAGUAUGUGGGGCACUAGGAGGGAGGUUAACGUGCUCUCUGAACUUCCCUUGCAACGGUUCUCAACCUGUGGGUCGCCACCCCUUUGGCGGUCCAACGACCCUUUCACAGGGGUCGCCUAAGACCA